AUGUCCCGGAUCCUCGAAGGCCAAGCGGGUGUGGUGAACAUGAUCGAUGACAUCCUCGUCUUUGGGAAGACACGCUCCGAGCACGACCGUCAUCUCCGCCAAGUCAUGGAACAGCUAGCAAAGGAAGGAGUCACGCUCAACCGGGAGAAGUGCUCGUUCGCCACUUCCAGCGUCAAGUUCCUUGGCGUCGUGGUCAGCGCUCAAGGAAUCUGUCCAGACCCAGACAGGGUUGCGGCGAUCCAAGCCAUGACCACGGUCUCGGCCGACGCCAGCUCCAAUGGCCUCGGGUCAGUACUUCUUCAGGAGCGGCCGUCCGGUGAGCGUCGGGCCGUCGCUUUCGCAUCGCGGUCCCUCACACCCACAGAACGCCGGUACAGGCAAACGGAGAAAGAAGCUUUGGUGGCCAGGUGGGUGGUGCAAAGGUUCCAGGAAUACGUCCGGGGACUUCAGUUCUUCCUCGAGACCGACCAUCAACCUCUCGUGGCGCUCUUGGGUUCCAUAGACGUUGACCUGCUGCCACCAGGGAUCCAACGAUUUCGCUUGAAGCUGAUGCGGUUCCAGUACCAAGUACUCUACGUACCAGGAAAGCUGUUGGCAACUGUUGAUACGCUUUCACAUGCACCGCUGGAUACCGCUCCAUCCAACCGGGUUAAUCAAAUCGAGCUCUUUGCCCAAAAGGUCGUCCACUCCUUCCCAGAUAUCGUCUCGUCGCAGCACGAGCACCUGCGCCAGGCACAAGCCAACGACGGCGUGUGCAGUCUGCUGCUGCAGUACUGCGCCAACGGCUGGCCCCGGCAGUCCCACUUGCCUCUCCACGUGAAGAGGUACUGGCAGUACCGGGGGGACCUCACCGUCUGUGAGGGACUGCUUCUGAAGGGGUCCCGCAUUGUCGUGCCAUCCCCCCUUCAGCACCGCACGCUCGAGCUCCUUCAUGAUGGGCAUCAAGGCAUCAACCGGUGCAAAGCUCUGGCUCAGGAAUCAGGUGCAGCGCUCGGAACUCAUGACGCCGCCAAGCACUUCAACUCGACCCUGCAGAAGAGGUGGGCAUCGAUCUUUAUUCAUUCGAACUGCCAGGACUACGUCCUUCUGGUGGAUUACCGGUCACGCUUCCCAGAUGUCAUCAGCCUACGCUCGACGUCAGCACCUGCUGUCAUCAACGUCAUCAAGAGCGUCUUCGCGCGCCACGGGAUCCCGAGACUGGUGCGCAGCGAUAACGGUCCUCAGUUUGCUGCAAGAGAGUUCUACGCCUUCGCCGAUUCCUACGGUUUCCGCCACGUCACCAACAGCCCCCCUUUUCCUCAGUCGAACGGGGAGGUGGAACGGAUAGUGAGGACGGUCAAGUACCUGCUGCGGAAGGCGGAUGAUCCCUACCUUACGCUUCUGGCAUACCGGGACACCCCUGGGGUAAACGGAGUGAGCCCUGCUCAGCUGCUCAUGGGCAGACGCCUACAGACCCGGGUACCGAAGACGUCGCACCAGCUGGAGCCUACCUGGCCGAUGUCGGUCCCAUUCACUCGGCGUGACCAAGACAACCGGAGGCGCCAAGCAUCCAAUUUCAACAGAAGACACGCGGCUCAUGCACUGCGGCCUCUUCAGGCCGGCGAGCAGGUCUGGGUACGGGACGCCAACUCCCCUGCAAUCGUCAUAGGUCCACCUCAACGCCCCCGCUCCUACGCGGUGGAAACUCCGACGGGUGUACUCCAGCGCAACCGGAUGCACCUGGUACCAAUGACGGGAUGUCCUGCGGAAGGCACUACCAGUCCACCUGGAACUCCCUCGGCGGCGCAAACCACCAUGUCCCCAACAACGCCUGGAGCUGAUCCAGCUGCCCAAGACCAGGGAACCGCAUCGCCUCGGGAAAGCACCUCCACUGCAGAUGCAUCCCGCGGUUCUACUUCUACGCCACGCGUCUCUAAGUUGGGCAGAAAGAUCCGCAGGCCGAGAAGGCUCGACCUAUGA